CGACGACGACGACGACAACAACGCAAAAGGAACCUCAAGAGAAUCCCGCAGGAGAAGAGUAGGCUUGUUGCAAGCUGCAGAACCUCGAGAAGAACGGUCAAGAAGAAGUUUGCCAAGUUCAGUGCGUUGUUACAUCGGCGGCGGCCAGGAAUACAGGUUCUGAACGAGAGAGAAAACGAAGCCCGCGACGACGACCAGGUUGUUGUUCACCAUCGGAAAAAAAAGUGUCGAGGUGUGCGUUUUGUGUUUCAGUGUUUUCAGAGAGUGGUAGAGGAAGAAGUAGCAGAAGAAGAAGUUUCCGAGAAUAAGAAGACGAAGAAGAGAGUUCUGGACAAGAAGUCUCUCUAGGUGCGAGUUGUUAUUGAACGCUGUUUUUGUGUGCGGACUUUGGUGAAGCUUGUUGUGUGUGCAGUUUUGCGGCAUAAUUUUGAUCGAGAAACGAAAAGUGAAGACCUCAUCGUUAGUUGCGUGAUUUGCGUGGUUGGAAAAAGUCUAUCAAAACGCAAUCACUCACUCUCUCGCGCGGGUUCCGUAAGCCAGUUCGUCCCAGCGCGCUCAGUACCGCGUAGUACCAGCUGCUGAUAAGAUGUCCAGCAAAACCGCUGCCACCCCGGCUCCGGCCACCACCAACGGAUCAUCGGAACUCAAGUACGAGGCCCGGCUGUGUCACGUCGUGAAGCGAGCCGAUUUCGACGGGUACGGGUUCAACCUGCACGCGGAGAAGGGCCGCCCGGGGCAGUACAUCGGGAAGGUGGACGAUGGGUCGCCGGCGGAGUCCGCUGGUCUGCGCCAGGGCGACCGGAUCAUCGAGGUCAACGGGACGAACAUUACGAGCGAGACGCACAAGAAGGUCGUGGAGCUGAUCAAGGCCGUACCGAACGAGACCAAGCUGCUGGUGAUUGACCCGCGGGCUGAGGGUGCGGACCUGAAGGCGGCGAUCGCCAAGAGUGGAACGGUGGUGGUGAAGAAUCCGGGUGUGGACGUGAAUGAUAACAGCAAACAGCAGUCGCCGAUGGAGAAGGAGAAGGUGGUGUCGAAUGGGAAGGACAGUCUGAACGACAGCAACAAGAAGCAUGACGUCAACGGAACGUCCGAGGAUGCCAACAACAAGAAGAAUGCCGCCGCAAACAACAACGUGGACACGAGUGCUAAUAAAAUGGUCAAUGGCAACGGCGCGGCCGCUGGAGAUGUGAAGCCAAAGUCAAAGCCCGUCGUCGAUCAGAUCAUCGAGGACACCAAGGCCUUGUCGAUGGCCAAUGGUAAUGGUGCCAAGGCGGCGGAGGCCAACGGCAAGCAGAACGGAAGCACCCCCGUGAAGGAAGCUCCCAAGCUGAACCUCAACAUGACGGCGGCGGAACUCCGCGCGCAGCUCGCGGCCCGGAAGAAGUACGACCCAAAGAACGACGUGUGUGAUCUGCGCAAAAAGUACGAAAUCAUCCAGAAGAUGUGAAGUGCAAACCCCGUUUGUUCAGUGUGUGCGACCUUGUACUUGUAGAAUUCUGGAAAAUGUUGCAGUAUUCGUUUUUUUUCGAGGGGGGAACCACCCUAACCGCGUUAUUAUUAGUAUUUGUACAGAGAAAUUUACCGAUAAAAGUGAGAGAAAAUUAAUUUAGUUACAAAAAAAAAACAAACUAAUAACGUUAAAAAAGUUCACCCCGCGAAGAGUGUUAAUCUCGACGAAAAAAUCGAAGAGUCGUUAUCAGCGAACUGAUAAGACCACAAUAAAAAAUGCGCGAGAUAAAAACAAAGGAAGUUAACAAAAUGAACAAUAAAAAAAAUCGGCACCGCACAACACACAUCAAAAUCCAAUGUAAUAUAGUGAAGUCUAAACAGAAAUAAAAAAAAUCCAGCGAAGAGUUGAGAGAGUACACAAUAAAUUAAUUAGCAAUCAAAGAAUCGUAGAAGGCGGCGGCGAAGUCGCCCGGAAUCUGCGCAUUCCUGAAGCGUGCGCGACAUUUGUACCACGUUUGCAAGGGACCGAUAACGCGGCCUACUAGGUGUGGGUGACGAGAAUGGGACGUGAGGUGAACGAAACGAAAAAAAAAUUGAUGAUGAAAUGUGCCAAAAUUGAAUUGCGAUGCAAGUGCAAACUGGAAUGGAACUCUAUUUCCUCAAAUCUGUGUGUGUUUUUUAAAAAAAAUGAUUGUUUAGUGAGGGAGUUGUGGAGGAAGAAGAAAAAGAAAAAUGAUUAAGGACAAAUAUGUGUUACGCAAAGAAAAACGCAGAAAAGGUUGAAAGUAUAAUGUAUGAUGCAUAUAAUGAAUAAAAUAUUAUAUUUAUAGCGAAA